AUGCCACCCACUAUAAGGCAGGCAACGGCACCCAAACAGAGUCUCCAUCACCACCAAGAGACCCCUACAGUCAAGCCACGUCAAUUCAAGGCUUGGUCGCCCUCUGAAUCUCACACACUCUCACCAUCCACACCGUUAGCCCCGUCCCUCCCCACACUGCGACUCCCAAUGCCCGAGUCCCUUGCAGUUACCAUCCGAGUGGAGGGGAUCCCAGAGAGAAACGGAAUCGUCCUAACAUGGAUCGUGGACGAGCGCCCCGUACGCCAGGUCGAGAGAGGUUUGCCCAUCGUACUCGUGACCGGAGAUCUACGGACCGGCGUUGGCCGGGUCGAGAACGCGACAGACAUUCAUCGCCACUGGAUCACGUGGCUCCUCACGGGCAGCCCUACGGCAUGUGCCAUCCGCGUCCCGACCUCGUGGUCCAGGCUCACCCGCGACGAAAGCCAGAUACAUACCCAACUGUACACAUUCCUCCCGCGCUCUCCCCCGCCUCACCGCCUCCUCGCGAACAAUCCCGAUAUAUGCAACAGCGCUGAGAGCCCAUACGAGUUCGACUCGGAAGACGACAGUCUGUGA